GAAUAAGGGUAUACAGACUAUCUCGUCGUGUUUAACUAGCUAGUAUUAUACGCAGAUAUUGCACUGUAUAAAUGGGUUCGGCUUACAAUUGUGCAUCUGUUUUGUACUCACUAUCUCGGACAUGUCAAUUUUGAAAAGUACAAUAGCAAAAGAGAGGAAUGCCAAUGAAAACGAAACCUUAGGAAUGUAUUUAUCACGCCUUGAGCAGCGCACAGCUAACGUCUAUAUAACUCUUUUAUUUUUUUUGUUUGGUUUUGCCGUAUAAAAGUAAAGAAGAAUCGUCUUGCAUUUAUUAAAUUAUCCAAUAAAUUACAAUUGCAUGCGACAAAACUGCUUGAAAUGUUUCGACUACUUUUAAUCAGUUGAAUAAUGUCAUCCACAUUCACCAAACAAUGUGCGCUAAAAUUAUGAAUUUAAAUUUUCAAUUCAAACGUAAAAAACAAUACGUGAAACGCGCAAAACUAUGCAAUACAAAUAAAUUAAGUAAAUAGCCGUAAUAAAAAAAAUUGUUGAUUUAAACACAAAAACAACGUAACGGUGUGUUGGUGUGUUCAAAAUGCAAAUGCCAAACUCAUUUAGACAAUUGAAAAAGCAUAAUUUCAUGGUGGCCGUUGUAAUUUAUUUACUAAUAUUAGAGAAAUCAAUUCAACCAUGUGAUUGUGUUCACGGUUUCAGAAAUAAUACAGAGAGCGCCGAGCUGGUAUCUCAUUACGAAUCAAGCCUAUCGCUGCCAGAUAUAUUGCCCAUACCUUCGAAAACCUACGACAAGAAUCGUGCACCAAAGCUGCUGGGACAACCAACCGUUGUAUAUUUUCAUGUCACCGUGCUCUCCUUGGACUCUAUCAAUGAGGAAUCCAUGACCUAUGUGACGGACAUAUUUUUAGCACAAAGUUGGCGCGAUCCGCGUCUUCGUUUACCAGAGAAUAUGAGUGAACAAUAUCGCAUUCUAGACGUGGAUUGGCUGCACAGCAUUUGGCGUCCCGAUUGCUUCUUUAAGAAUGCAAAAAAGGUGACAUUUCAUGAGAUGAGCAUACCAAAUCACUAUCUUUGGCUGUACCACGACAAGACGUUGCUCUACAUGUCCAAAUUGACGCUGGUGCUGUCGUGUGCCAUGAAAUUUGAGUCCUAUCCACAUGAUACACAAAUCUGUUCAAUGAUGAUAGAGAGUCGUAAGUCGAAAAUAUUUUGGGCAACUGCAGUCUUUUUAACAAGCAGCUUUUAUAUAGUAUCGCAUACAGUGGAAGAUUUGGUAUUUAUUUGGAACAUGACCGAUCCACUGGUCGUCAAUGCUGAGAUCGAGCUGCCACAACUGGACAUAUCAAAUAAUUAUACGACCGAUUGUACCAUCGAGUACUCAACGGGUAAUUUUACAUGUCUGGCGAUUGUGUUCAACUUGCGCCGACGAUUGGGCUAUCACCUGUUUCACACGUAUAUUCCAUCUGCCCUCAUUGUGGUUAUGUCGUGGAUAUCAUUCUGGAUCAAACCCGAGGCUAUACCGGCACGAGUCACUCUCGGCGUAACCUCGCUGCUCACCUUGGCCACACAGAAUACACAGUCGCAGCAAUCUCUGCCACCCGUUUCAUAUGUCAAGGCCAUUGAUGUGUGGAUGUCCUCGUGUUCGGUUUUUGUUUUCCUCUCGCUCAUGGAAUUUGCUGUAGUCAACAAUUACAUGGGUCCGGUGGCAACAAAGGCAAUGAAGGGUUACUCCGAUGAGAAUAUCACCGACUUAGACGAUCUAAAGGUGAGUUUGUCAAGGGCACUUUUGCUGAUGAUUGAAACUCUGCAGCGUGUAUUGCAGCAUCACCAUCGGGAGUCGAUAAUUGAGCCACAGUAUGAUACAUUCUGCCACGGGCAUGCCACCGCCAUCUAUAUAGAUAAAUUCUCGCGCUUCUUCUUUCCGUUCUCGUUCUUCAUUCUCAACAUUGUCUACUGGACGACGUUCCUAUGAUCUGAUUGAACCAAGGGAGUUGUUAAGCAAUUAAUGAAAUUAUAAAUACAAAGCGCAUUUGUUUAAAAAUGUAUAUAGUUUGUAAGCCACAAAUAAUUGCAGUAAAUUAUAUAAAAUAUAUAUUAUCGUAUUGUAUAAAGGCGUUUAUUAAUUAAAUUUAAUUCAAAGGAAGAAAUUAAGAAAUGCAUUUUUAUUGCGCAACAAAGGUGGAAUUAUCUUUGGUAUUUUUGUAUUUUUACUAUAUAAGUAUGUAUGUUUCCAUAAAUAGACACAUAUGUCAUAUGCACAGACAUAUAUAUAUAUAUAUAUAUAAAUAAUGUAUAAAAAGUUGCUAUCGUGGCUUCCUUUUCUCUAGUUAUUUUCUUUUUCAUUUGAUCAUCAUUCAUGUGCUUAUUAUUAUUUAUCGCAUAAUCACAUAAUGUAGAUUCCCUCUUUAUAUGCACAUUUACUUUUAUACUAUUUUGUGUUUAGUUAAUUUUUGUUUCUUAGCUUUUGUCGCUUACGUUAAUUGUUGCUAAAUAUUCAAGUAAUUUAUGCAUUAUGCGAGUGUUAAUAAACAACGUUUUCACACUAAAUCAACUUAUAUAUGUAAAAAAUGUUUUUGUUAUAAAUAAUACACUCAGAGCUACAGAUCCAGAGUAAUACGCGAGUUCACAAAUAAAUUCUCUCUCUCUCUCUCUCUCUCACA